AUGAUCUCGGGCGACACAUCAUCCGCUAAGAAGCACAAAGCUUUAUUACCAGAAGAAGUUCCACCAAGCCAAUCAAUCACACCUCUCGACAACAACAACGAAGCUUCUUCCACUAUCUCCAUCUCAUCAAGCUGCUUCAUCUUCACAUCUCUCCUUAUCAUCACAUGCCUCACUCUCUCUGCCGUUUUCUCCUUCGUCUUCUUCUCUUCCCACCCACUCAAGAAACUAGACAAGCCUGUGGUUCUCUUAAUAUCCUCAGACGGAUUUCGUUUCGGGUACCAACUCAAGACCAAACUACCAAACAUACACCGGUUAAUCACCAACGGAACAGAAGCAGAAACCGGUUUAAUCCCGGUUUUUCCAACCCUAACUUUCCCUAACCAUUACUCUAUAGUCACAGGCCUGUACCCUGCGUACCACGGCAUCAUCAACAACAAGUUCAUGGACCCUAAAACAGGGAAAGUUUUCACAAUGGGGAGUCAUGAGCCAGAGUGGUGGCUAGGUGAGCCGUUGUGGGAGACAGUAGUGAACCAAGGGCUCAAGGCUGCUUCUUACUUCUGGCCUGGCUCUGAAGUACACAAAGGCUCUUGGGAUUGUCCUAAAGGUUUUUGUCAAAACUAUAAUGAAUCUGUUCCUUUUGAUGAUAGGGUUGAUACCAUCUUAAGCUACUUUGAUUUGCCUAGUAGUGAGAUCCCUAGCUUCAUGACACUUUAUUUCGAAGAUCCGGAUCAUCAGGGCCACCAGGUUGGCCCUGACGAUCCUCGGAUCACUGAAGCUGUAGUAAACAUUGAUCGUUUGAUUGGUAGAUUAAUCAAUGGGUUGGAGAGAAGAGGUAUCUUUGAGGAUGUGACUAUAAUCAUGGUUGGUUGA